AUGUCUGGACGUGGUAAAGGAGGUAAAGGGUUAGGAAAAGGUGGUGCUAAACGUCACAGAAAGGUGCUUCGUGAUAAUAUCCAAGGCAUCACUAAGCCGGCAAUUCGUCGUCUGGCGCGUCGUGGCGGCGUCAAACGUAUUUCGGGGCUCAUCUAUGAAGAAACCCGUGGUGUUCUGAAAGUAUUCUUAGAGAACGUUAUUCGAGAUGCAGUCACCUACUGCGAACAUGCAAAACGUAAGACAGUCACAGCCAUGGACGUGGUUUAUGCACUGAAGCGCCAAGGACGUACACUUUACGGUUUUGGAGGUUAA